AUGCUAAUUACAUUAUUACUACGUAUAAAAAUUCGACGUAAACAUAAAUUGGAAGGUAAUUGUCUAAGUGAUUUAUGCUGCCUAAUUGGCUGUUGUUGGCCAAUGAUCAUUUGUCAACUAAGAGAUGAAAUUUUAUAUUUACGAUCGAGAUCUGAAUGGAAAUUAGGUUAUUCACAUCAAUUAAAUGAUAAACCUCCUUGGGUAAAAAUGCUUACGAAAUCAAAAAAGAAAAACAAUAACGAUGUGGAAAGUUUACAUAUCAAUAGUGAUUAUGAUGACGAAGAGGAGGAGAAUAUCAAAAAAGACGAUGACGAUGAUGAUGAUGAUGAUGAUGAUGAUGAUGAUGAUGAUGAUGAUGAUGAUGAUGAUGAUGAUGAUGAUGAUGAUGAUGAUGAUGAUGAUGAUGAUGAUGAUGAUGAUGAUGAUGAUGAUGAUGAUGAUGAUGAUGAUGAUGAUGAUGAUGAUGAUGAUGAUGAUGAUGAUGAUGAUGAUGAUGAUGAUGAUGAUGAUGAUGAUGAUGAUGAUGAUGAUGAUGAUGAUGAUGAUGAUGAUGAUGAUGAUGAUGAUGAUGAUGAUGAUGAUGAUGAUGAAAACUGA